CACCGACCGAGUUGGUUACGGACCGGAGUUGACCCGAUGAUUCAGUCUGUGAUUCGCCUCGCUAGUUCGCGAACGCACGUCGCACAGUAAAUAAAUGGAGCGGGGCCAGACUACACGUACAUCUAGCUACGCUUGCUUUGAUUCAGCUAGCUGACGCUGACGUUUUCGAGCUUCUUUUUGUGCGUAUUUUCUGAAGGUUACCGUCACCAAGUUAAGCUAAAUUCAUAUUGUCCGUUUCAGUCAAUUACCAAAAAAGGAAAAACAAAAUUCCAAACUAAAAAUCCGAUUUAGGAGUUGUAAUUUUAGGCCGAACGUAGCCGUAGGCCUGCUGUACAUGUACAUCGUGUGACUGACUGUGAUCUGGAAAAAGCGUAAGGCAACUGGGCAGUGUUUUUCCCGCUUUUUUAAAUUUCAAUUUUUACCAUUGAAUUUGAAGGUUUUUAUUUCUGUUUGGUUUGUGGACUUUGUUUUCUUUGGGAGUGAUGAAGAGUUUUCAUGAUUUUUGUGUGGAUGUUGGAUUGGAUGAGGAGGCGGUGAAGCUGUACGCGAAGGGCGAGGGAGAGACUUGGAGUGAAGAAGUGAAAAAGGAAUGUAAGAUGCUGAAAAAUGGAUUUGUUUGGUAUGUUUGGAAAGAAUGCACAGAUGUGAAGGCCGGAAAGAUGAUGAAAGUUGAGAAAGUGCGAGAUGUAGUAAUGAAUUUUUUCCGGUAUGAGGGUCCAGUGAAAGGAUUUGCAAUGAAGAUCAAUCGACUUGAGAACUCGUACAAAAAAUGCCAGAAAGCACGUAAGAGGGAAGGUAAGGAUGAUGCUGUCUGCGUGUUGCUGAAGAAGGACUUUGUUGGGGUGCAAGUGCAGCCCGAAGCAGUAAGUACCGAUGUGGAAGAGCCUGGCCCGAGUGGUGUUAGACUGGAAGCAGAACGAUAUGUGAGAAAGAGUGAAGUUGAGAAGCUGAAAAGAAGAUUUGCUGAAGUUGAAAGAGAGAAUGAGAGGGAGAAGAAUACAAUGAGAGAAGCGAUGUGUGAAAUGCAUGCAAGCAAUAGAGAACUGAAUGCAAAAUAUGAGGAAGCAGUGAGAGACAAAGAACAAGUGGAAAAGGAGAUGAAGAAAUUGAAAAUGAGAAGAAAGAAGAGGAAUGCAUUGAUUAAGAAUUUUAAAAGAAAAGAGCAGAGGAGAAUGCUGAAAAUGUUGCAGAUGAAUAGACAGAUAAAAGAGCUCCAGGCAAAGUGUUUUAACAACGAAAGGAAUUUGACUAAAAUGGAUGAAAUAGUAAAGGCAAGAGAAGAGAGUGUGAGGAAAGAGCUGGGGGAUGUGUGUGAGACACUGAAAGGUAAGAAUGUUAGACUAGAAGAAGCACUGCAGAAAGAGAAGAAGAAGAAAGUGAAAGCACAGAAAAAAAUAUCGGAGUUGAAGAAGAAGGUUGACACGGUUGAGGUUUUGGCUGGAAAAGUGCGUGAUGCUAAAAAGGAGGCAAAGGAGAUAAAGCGGGCAUAUGGAGAGGUGAUGUAUGAGAAGAUGGAGCUUGAAGAAAGUUUUGAAGAGAGAGUGCAGGAGCGUGUAGAGGAAUUAGAGAAGGAUGAGGAGAUAUGUACAUUCAAGGGAGGGAAGUUUGUGGAUUGUGUGAGAGAGGUGUAUCAAGACUUGAUGACAAUGAAUGUGGGAGCAAAUAAUGUGGAAAAGAUUGUGAGAAUUGUGCUAAAGAAGUUGAGUGCAAAGGAUGUGAAGAGAUUGCCCAAGCGUAGUUUCGCAAGCACGAUGCUCCUGGAAGCCCGGGCGUUGGCCCAGAUGCAGUGUGCAUCUGCAAUUACUGGAAGUGGUAGCUCUGCUACACUGUGCACAGAUGGAACAACGAAGUGGGGCUACCACUACGGGACUUAUGAUGUAUCACUUGCAUCUGGACAGAUGCUUACGCUCGGGCUUCGACCGAUGGUAUCAGGUAGUGCAGCGCAUACAUUGAAUGGUUUCCAAGAAGUAGUGAAGGAUAUUGCAAAAAUGAGUGAAGGAGGUAGUGAGACUGUGAAUGAAAUUGUUGCAGCGGUUAAGAAUACUAUGAGCGAUCGUCACGCUGUUGAAAAGAAAUUCAAUGUGAUGUUGAAGGAGUACAGAACGACUGUGUUGCCAAAGGUUGUGGAGGGAUGGGCUGGAAUGAGCUUGGAGGAACAAAAAAGUGUGAAAAGGAUGAACAACUUCUUUUGUGGUAUGCAUUUUGUUGUUGGUUUAGCCAACCAAGCAGGAGCGUGCUUAAAGGUGUGGGAGAAAGAUGUGCUUGGCGAGAAAAAGGUUGGUAGUAUGAGUCUGCCUGGAGCGGUCGAAGGUGGAUGUGGGACGGUGCGGUUAGUGCGAACCUUGUGCAAGAGUGUGCAGGAUAGAGCGUGUGAGAAGUCGGGAAAACCUGUGGGAUUUCGUGUGUUUUUGAAGAGCGAGAAGGGGAUAUGUGAUGUACACCUCGCACCGUUUAGAGGCAAUCGAUUUAAUAUCUUGUUUCAUAAUGGUGCGGGAGUGUACUUCCUGUAUCCCCAUCUCCUCGAAUUUUUUGAGAGAGUGAAGGAUGAGAAUGAGUUAAUGAGAGCUGUGUAUGAGGAUCUCAAAGUGGACGAGUAUCGGACAGGUGUGAGAGCGUUGGGUCUGAUGGAUAAGAUAGUGACUGGUCCUCUGUGGAAGGUGCUAAAUGUGAAGGAGCAUAUGAGUGACAUGAGUGAAAGGUAUGAACGGAUGAUGAAUUGCUUUGAGAAUUGGAGUCGAGAUGCAAGCGAGGUUGUGCAGGGAGAGGUGAAGAUGUAUGAUGAUGUGCCCAUUGAAAUGAAUGAAGUCUUUGACAGUUUGGUAAAGCCGUGUGCAAAUGAUGGGGCCUGCAAGGAUGUGUUGCAGUGUAUGUUCAAAGCAUUUCAUAAGUUAGGAGAAAGGAUGUUGGAGAGUCAGUUGAGUGGUGGGGAGCACAGUGAGAUGAGUACAGAGGCCUUGAGUGAGACGGUGAGUGUACCUAGGACGAAUGUUGGUGCUGAAAGAGAUUUUGGGAUGUUCGACAGGCUUCUGCGAGAAAAGCCAAGAGCAACUGAAUAUGCGAUUGAGGGCAUCAUAAUGUGCAGGAGAAAUCAGACUAGUGAAUGGAGAGACUCACUGGAGGCAGAAAUGAAGAAAAAAAUGAUGAAAGUGGCAAGUGACUCGGUGAAGGAACAAAGGAGGGAAUUGGCUGAAAGAAGACAGAGGUGGUUUGAAGAAAAAGAGAAAAUGAUGAAAGAAAAAAAGGAGCAGAAGGCAAGAAGAGAACAAAGAGAGAAAGGUGCCAAGAAGGGUCUUUUGUCAAGCAGGGGCAAGGCUGUGAGUGUGAAACAAAUGAGAGAAUUAUUGAAAGGGGUUGGACAGGCUGAAGAGAGUGCAGUCAUUGAAACAGAAACGGAGGAAGAUGGGCCAACAACAUCAAAGCGUGCAAGAGUAAGCUCGGAUGUAGAUGAGUUGAUUGGGAGGUUGUUAGUGCACCGUACUGAGACAGAGGGACUGACUGAGCAGAACGUUUGUGUGAUAGUGAAGAAGCAACAGGGGAAGUAUAUUUUCAGGUAUGAUGGGAAUGAGGUAUUGUACGAGUAUACAAAUGACCGAUUGUUACAGGAUUGGGAGAGCGGGCAUUUGAAAGAGAUUGAAGUGACUGUGACUGAAGUGAUAGGACGGGAGAUAGAGUAUUUGUGGUUGGAUGAGAAUGGUGAGAAUGUAUGGUACAGAGGGAGAGUUGUGGGUGAGGCAGAGGGCGGACUGUGUAAUGUAGAAUAUGAACCAGUGGGAGAGGAUGGUGAAGGUGAUGAGGAUGAUGAUUGGAAUUGUGAGGUCCUGGCAGAGCCCCUGUUUGAAGAUUAUCAAAAGCGACAUGUCAGAUUCGUGUGAGUAUGUGAGUAUUUGUGUGAGAGUGCCUUUGCUUUGUUGUAAGUUGCAUGGACAAACUAAAGGAGCGCCAGUCCCAUUCUUUGGGCACGUUGUCGACGUACGUAAUGCAUAGUAGGGAGCAAGGCCUUCUGUUCACUGUAUUUACAGCGUUCGUCUUUACACUGAAAGUCACUGUAUUAAAAACGCUUUUCUAAAAUUGCAUGGACCUUGCAUAUAGAUGCAGUGCAAGCACACACACAUGUAUGUAAGUGUGUACAAAUGUAUAUGUUAUCAAAUUGGCGACAUUAAUUAAUCCAGUUUUCAUCAAUAUUAAUUACGAGUAGAAAAACGGAUGACUUGCACACAGUUCCACAAGGCGAAGAGCUUGGAGAUUGAGUGCAUUGUUUAUUAAAUGUACAUACGUAGUAUGUAGAGUGCAUUGUGUGUAACAGCACCGGGUCAUGACUUUUUAUCACAUGAUGGGGGGCAUGUCAUAAAAUGUCAUGGUUUUUGUGCUGCUUGAUUUGUAUCAGCUUUGUUUAAUAUGUUUAAUUUCAACAUUUAUUUGCAUUAGCACUCUAUCAUCCAAGCUCUUUUAAGUUUUAUUUCUGUGUUUUAAUGUUGUAUUGGGUUAUUUAAACAUCUUAAUUUAAAGAAUUUAUGUAAGCUGGAAUUGUGUGCACUAAUCCCUUUUUUGAAAAACACUACCUGUG